AUGCCUGAAGAUCCCACUUCCCAGCCCAAGACCAUCACUCUGAAGCUCUAUAUGAAUCGUGCUCCACGGCUCACUGUCACUUAUAAGGACAAGCACGAACUAUUCGAAAUAUUCAAGAAGAAGACGCAAGAACUAGGCAUUCCGCCUGAAACCGUUUUCUGGAUUGAAGAUGAAGGAGUGCCGAUAAGGUUGAACAACGCCAAUACCCUGAUGGGAGCUGCCCAGGGAUCAUCGACGCUUCGUCUUUACGCCUGCGAUACUGAAGACGAGGAGAUUUCCUGCUCUAGCUGUGAUGAGCUCGCUGUCGGUAGACGACCAUGGAAGCGACAUGGUAGACACCGCUCUCGCAGUCACUCCAGACGCAGAAGCCGUAAUCGAUCUCGUUCAAGAGACCGCUCCAGGAGCCGUGACCAUUCUCGGGGUGGUCGAUCUCGUUCUAGAGAUCGUUCCACUAGUCGCGAGCGCUUCCGUGGACGUCACCUUCGCCAUUUACGAUCUCUUCAUAGACAUCGCCCCUUUCCAGGACUCGGUCCUUUCGAUUACCGCAUGAUGGACCCCCGCUUCGGACGUUGUCCACCCUUCUGUGGUGACGGUCGCCGCGUUGGUGGACGUCAUGGUUUCCAUUGGCCGUGA